GUGACCGAAAGUGUUGUCAGUAAAAAAUCCGAAUGUCUUCGAACGCAAAAAAGUCACCUCGUCUGGAGGACCUAAUAUCAACUGAAGAUGAUACCUUGGGCUCUUCCAUCAGUCUUAGUAUAGGUGAAAAUUCAAUUAGAAUAAAAGAAAAGCCCAAGGUGAAUAAAGAAUUGGAAUCAACCGAGAAGAAUGAGAAAGAGAAAUGGUGGUUGAAAAAGCCGGAGACCAGGCUCGAAGUGUCCAAUGCCAUUCAGGUUGAAGUAAAAGUCAAGCAGACACCUUCACCUUCGCCGGAUAUUAGCUCUUCCAUGAAAGAAUUUUUGGAGAAAGAAAAAAUGUGCAAAGCCAUGCAUAAAAAUGAAAUUGAAGCAAAAGAUAAAGAUGAUACCUUGUGUGACAUUUUGGCUUCCACAGCUUUUGACAAAUAUCCUUCAGAUUUCGAGAACGCGACUGACGAGGACAUAGGUAGUAUCUUAGAAGAAAUGAGCAAGAUAGCUGGAGCUCUUAGCCCAAAUUCUGCUCCAGACCGUACGAAGUCGAGGAACUCUACCAAAAAUCAAACAGAGGAAGAGAAAUCUGUGGAAGAGUUGCUAGAGGAGGCUGAAAAACUUGUGAGAAAAAACAGUAGUAGUUUAUCCAAGAGUGGCUCGAAAACCGACACUUUAGUACCUGAAAAUAUCGCGGAAGACAUGGAAAGUCUUAGCAGAGUUAGGAAACUAGAAGCUGAUAUCUUUCAAAUGAUAGAGGAGGAGGUGCACAAGGAGACAGAAAAAAUCAAAAGGAGUCCAAAGAACGAGAAGAAAAGGGAAAGCAGUCCUAGUAUCGAAGUGCUAUAUGAAAAUGUGAACACCUUGAGAGCUCCAAAGACAUUGGAGUUGCAACGAAGGAAAUUCGAAGAACAGAAGGUGGAAGUGUCAAGCAGUUCUGAUUUGGACGAUCCAAUUGAAAGGCAUUCGAAGUCUGAAGAAUUAAGCAGUACCAGGAAGGUCGAAUCGGACAAGGAUAAUUUGCAAAAGGAGAUAAUUGACGUAGAUAAAGAUUUUUUCGAGGAUUUAUUGAAGAGAUCGAAGGAGAGAGUCGAAGGAGGCAUGUCAGGCAGUUCGAGCUUUGGGCAAGAAGAUUUUUCACACUUUUUGAAGCUUUUACAGGGUCAGGCCGAUAAAAAGGAACAGAACUCGAACGGAGGUAAUCAUGCAGACCCGUUUCCUUUAAAACCUGAGGAUAAGGCAUCUGUUCUGGAAAGGAAUCUCGAGAGCGACAAGAGUCCUGAAUUUCCGGAAAAGGAGAUUUCUGAUAUAUUGGAGAAAGAACUGUCUCAGAUGAGUGAGCCGAAAACUGAGCACGAAGUUCUUGAAUUGGAUUCCAGCGCAGCAGACACAGAACGUAAACCGUCGCAACACGCUAGUAGCAGCAGCAAAAAUGAGGUGAAAAUACCUGUUAAGAAAGAUCAACAACCUCCGAAACAAGUAGCUACAACAGUAGACAUAAAGAAAGAAGAAUUAUACGCAGUUGGUCUGACGCCAAGGUUGGAGUUGUUCGCAGAUGCGAUUCCGAAGUUGUUGGCCGAGAAGUCAGUAGAGAGUGCGAAAUACCAAACUGCUGAAGCUCCAACAGACCCGAAAACGGACGUUUAUAAGACUACAGCCAGGUCAGAGAUUAAAACAAGUGUAAGUGCAGCGACAACUCAACGCAGUAGCGUAGAACGCAAAUCCUCCCAGUCAGCUAGCGCGUCAAGUAUUAAGCCUCCAAGAAAAGAAAUCAAAUUCUCCAAGUCCAAGAGUUACGAUCAGAUUUGUAAGCCGCCGUUUCGAACAUCCGUAGAAAACUUAAGGACAACCAAACCAUUAGACUUUUCAAAGAAACCCGCCAGCUCUCUGACCAGGAGAUCGCCAAUACUAAAGCCAAAGUUACAACCUACAAUCAAACCAAUCGCAAAAGCCCCACCCAAGACCAAGGUAUCCCCAAAGCCAAAAAAGGAUCCGGUGAAGACUGGUUCCACUUUCUCGUUGUCUUCCAUGUCCAGAGGAUACCCAAUGAAAUCACCGGAUAGUUAUCCAAAGCCCACAAUGGCGGGCGGUGAUAAUAAAUUUAAUCUAACCAAGCAGAAUUGGGAGUUGUUGUGUCGCGAAGAGAGACACAAGAACGCUCUACUGAAGCAACAGCUCGAGUCUGAAGUGAAAAUGUACAAGAGCCAGAUGGACAAUAUGCGUGUGUCCUUUGAGGAGGAAUUAUUCGCCCUGAAGAAGCAGAAUAUAGUUUUAAAGGCGAGGGUGGAUGAGCUGUCGUUGAGCGAAAAACGUCCAGAACCGUCGCAGCCUCGAAAAGACACAAGGACCGUACUUCUGGAGAAGGAGCUGGAGAAACAGGAGAAAUUGAUUCGGGGGUACGAGACAGAGAACAAGAAGCUGGUGCAGGACGCAAAGCGUUUGCAGGAUGAGAUGAGGCAGCUGCAAAAACAGAAGAGUACAACGUUCGAGUCAGGCAAGCUGCAAGAGCUUGUAGACAAGGUGAAGGACCUCGAGGAGGAAGCUUUGAAGUUGAACUUGGAGGUAUCCGAGCUUCGAGAGAAGAACGCAGACUGUGCACUGAAGAACGAGGACUUGACGGAGCAGAACAAUCUGUUGAACGACGAGCUGGAGAUGUUCAAAGAGCAACUGAGAACAAAGAACGAUUUUAUCACCGACAGGCUACAAGCCAUGACGACAGCGGAGCUGGAACUGAAGAAGAAAGUCGAGGAUUUGUCUGUGAAGCUGAGCUCCAAAACCGAACAACUGCGUAUAGUGAAGCAGGAGUUUGAGAAGCUUCAGCAGAAUGUGCUUCCGUUGGAAAAAGAGUUGCUGGAGCUGAGAGUGAAAGAGGGUACUUUACUGGAGAAGCUUCAGGUGGCUAAAAGUCACGUGGAACGAGAGAAGAAGUUGUCGCAGAAGCUGAAGGACCAGGUGAUUCUCGAUAGCAAGAAGAUCACAGACUUGAACAGGCAGGUGCGUGAAAUGGAACGGAUACUGAAGAGGAAGAAUCCUGACUCAGUGUCUGCUCUUAUACUGACAGCGAACUCCGAACAAGAGAAGAUAGGAUCUGAGAAGCUGAAGCUGUUGGAGGAUCGAAUAGCAAGUUUGGAAUGUGAAAUCAAGGAGAAGGAUGAUUUAGCGCAGCAGAAGCUAGUUGAAUUCCAGAAGAAGUUCUCUGACAUGAAGGAGAAAUACUCUACGCAGAUAAUGGAGCUAGAAGGGAAGCUGUUGGAGGCCAGUAUUAAGAAUCACAAAGUGUACAAUGAUAUGUUCACUCAGACGGCAUCGAGACCUGUUGAGAACAAAGGCGUGGAGACUAUCAGGAAAGAAGAGAGGGCUGGGUCCUUCGAGAAGGACGAUAAAAGGGACCAGAAGCCACAGGUUAAAAUAAGCUUGAAGUCUCAGAAUCCUAAGGAAGACACUCAUCUUUUAGCUACCAUAAGAGGACUGAAAUUUGAAUUGACGAACAAGGAUAAAACCGUUUCUAAGCUGACCAAAGAAUUCCAAGAGCUACAGAAGACAAACAGAAGGUUGCAGAAGGAGAGGGAGAAACUGUUAAACGAUAGAAAAGCCAUCAAGAAUAUCGACUGUGAGAAGAUGAAUCGUGGUAUGGUGUCCUCCGAUUCGAAGCUGUUAAGUCUACGGUCAACAGAAGGAAAUGACCAGAACUCGAAUGUCUAUCAGAAUGGGCACACUCCAGAGAUAAAUACUCAACGAUUGUCCGCGUCUGUGCAGAAGCUUUAUGAUCCCAUGCAGUACACAGAGAACACUGAUAAUAAUCUAGUGAAGAGACUCACAGAUGAGAAUGACAUUCUGAAAGAGGAACUGAACAAAAUGAACAAAGACUUUAUGGCCCUGAAGAACAAACGGUUGCACGACUUGAAUCUUCUGCAGGAAGAGCAUGAACGUGAGAUGGCCACUUUGCUGAAGGAGUACAGUGUCAAAGUGGGCGACUCUAAAGUGGUAAAGUUACAGAGCCAGAUAAACACUCAAGUGGCUGUGAUCUCGCACUUGAAGCAACAAAUUGAGAAAUUGAGGGACUAUAAGGAACAAGUGGUUGUCUUGAAGGCUGAGAGGGAGCACUUGGAGAACAAAGUGAAGGCUUUGAACGAACGUGUCAAGUACUUAUCGACGCCGAGUACAGAGCAGCUGCAGUUGUUACAAGACAAGAUAACGAUUCUUCAGCAACGACACGAGAGCAGGGAAAUGACCUUGCAAAGUUUGGUGCGCGAUUUGCUGCGGAAUCGAAUGCAAUGUAAAGACUGUAAGAACGAGAAGGGGAAGAAUCGGCAAUUGUGCUACUUCAGGCAGGAGCUGGAUCACAUUCUGGGGAUGCUCCAAGAGAUCACCAACGUUCAUUAAUUCUGUGAACCUUAAAUGGACCAGCGUGAAACCCUGGUGCUCGCGUAAUAUCGAGAGAAAGGGAUAGUUUCUCGCGAUUCCGUUAUUGGGCAUUGUGAUAAUUUGUACUGUUGCGAUGUGGACACCGAAGGUUUUUGUCAGAAGAUGUUGUCACAUUGUUAGUAUAUGUUCUAGAAGUAUAGACGAGGUAUAGGACAUUCGUAAUAAUCAGCGUAUCCUUGUGUCACGUAACGGGGGGUACUCUAAAGGUU